ACUCCCAAGCUUCCUUUUGGUUUACUCGGCUCGUUUUUUGCCGCGAGACAUUCAGCUUGUAUUACCACUUCUCAGGCGCGUGCGUGCCUUCCAUAGUAAAAAAAAUUCUAGGGUGACCGCAUUGCUUUUUGUCGUUUCCUUUACCUCUGUUCAUAUUCUAUAAGAGAAGAAGUUCAGAGCGCGCUUUAAUUCUAAGAGAAACAUCAGUCAAACGCUCUUCCAUUUUCGUCUCCUGUUAACGCUGGGAUUUUGUAAAGAAUCCAAGAGUUGCCCGUGUGACUGUUUUUUUAUAUCCAAAAGGGAGAACGAGCCAAGAUGUCCCGAAGGAGGCACAGCGACGAUAAUGACGGGGCACAGCCGCACAAGAGACGGAGAACCUCAGAGCCUCUUGAAAUUGAAGACAGGUUGGAAUCAUUGAUAUGUAGAGUUGGAGAAAAGAGUACUUCUUCUCUUGAAAGCAAUUUAGAAGGCCUUGCUGGUGUUUUGGAGGCUGACUUGCCAAACUACAAAAGCAAGAUUUUAAGAAUUCUUUGUUCUGUCGCUCGUUUGUUACCGGAGAAGAUGACUGUUUACACAACGCUAGUUGGUUUGCUGAAUGCAAGGAACUACAAUUUUGGUGGAGAGUUUGUAGAAGCCAUGAUUCGUCAUCUAAAGGAGACCAUAAAAUUAAAUUCCUAUAAUGAGGCAACCUAUUUAGUCCGUUUUCUAUCCGAUCUUGUGAAUUGCCAUGUGAUUGCAGCCCCAUCCAUGGUAGCAAUGUUCGAAAAUUUUGUUGGUGUGACCCAGGAGGAAGAUAUACCCCAGGUGAGAAGUGAUUGGUAUGUUUUUGCUGUUCUCUCCUCUCUUCCGUGGGUUGGAAAAGAAUUAUAUGAGAAAAAGGAUGUAGAGAUGGACCGCAUUUUUUCUCAGAUUGAAAACUAUCUUAAACGAAGGCAGAAGAAUCAUGUGGCAAUAUUACAAGUAUGGUCUGCUGAUAAACCACACCCACAGGAAGAGUCUUUAGAUUGUCUGUGGGCACAGGUUCAGAAAUUAAAAAAGGAUCGCUGGCAGGAAAGACACAUAUUGCGUCCUUACCUUGCCUUUGAUAGUAUUCUUUGUGAAGCUCUGCAACACAACCUUCCUCCAUUUACACCACCACCUCACACAGAGGAUUCCAUCUACCCAGUUCCGAGAGUCAUUUUCCGGAUGUUUGACUACACCGAUGCACCAGAGGGUCCAGUUAUGCCGGGAAGUCACGCUGCUGAGCGUUUUGUUAUAGAAGAGAAUUUACAUUGUAUCAUAAAAUCACAUUGGAGAGAGAGAAAAACCUGUGCUGCUCAGCUUUUAAGUUAUCCAGGGAGGAACAAGAUUCCAUUGAAUUAUCACAUAGUUGAGGUCAUCUUUGGUGAACUUUUUCAGCUUCCACUUCCACCACAUAUUGAUGUGAUGUACACUACACUGUUAAUUGAACUUUGCAAGCUGCAACCGGGAUCAUUGCCACAAGUACUUGCACAAGCUACUGAGAUGUUGUACACUCGCUUGGAUACGAUGAACACAACCUGCAUAGACAGGUUUAUAAACUGGUUCUCUCAUCAUCUAAGUAAUUUUCAGUUCCGAUGGAAUUGGGAAGAUUGGGCUGAUUGCCUGUCACAAGACCUAGACAGACCAAAACCCCAGUUUGUCAGAGAAGUUUUAGAAAAAUGCAUGAGGCUUUCUUAUCACCAACGCAUAUUGGAUAUUGUGCCUGCAUCGUUCACCAAAUUGUACCCUUCAAACCCCAGCUGUAUUUUUAAAUAUGGAGAUGAAAGUAACAGUGCUCUGCCUGGAUAUUCUAUUGCCAUUAUUUUGACGAAUUCCUUAAAAAAUAAGGCUAACAGCGAUGAUGUUUUUAAUAUUUUAAAAGAUGUACCUAAUCCUAAUAAAGAUGAUGAUGAUGAUGAAGGAGUCCGCUUUAACCCACUAAAAAUAGAAGUCUUUAUGCAGUCCCUACUCAAUUUGGCAUGCAAGUCAUUUAGCCAUUCAUUUAGUGCAAUUGCAAAGUUUCAUGACGUCUUCAAAACACUAUCAGAAACUGAGGAGGGAAAGCUUCAUAUUUUAAGAGUGGUUUAUGAUGUUUGGAAAAACCACCCUCAGAUGGUUGCAGUAAUAAUAGAUAAGAUGAUACGAACACAAAUUGUCGACUGUGCUGCAGUAGCAAACUGGAUUUUCUCCCCUGAAUUAUCACAUGACUUUACCAGGUUAUACAUUUGGGAAACUUUGCAUUCUACUAUCCGAAAAAUGAACAAGCAUGUUCAGAAAAUUCAAAAAGAGCUGGAAGAGACUAAACAAAGGCUAGCAAAGCAGCACAAACGUAGGGACAGUGAUGACGAUGAUGACGACGACAGUGGAAAGGAAGAUGGUCCUCUAGAAGAACAAAUUGAACGUUUACAGGAGAAGGUAGAGGCUGCCCAAAGUGAACAGAAAAAUUUAUUUCUGGUAAUUUUUCAGCGCUUUAUUAUGAUCCUUACUGAACACUUGGUGCGAUGUGAAACUGGAGGCAUUGAUGUGUUUACUCCCUGGUAUAAGAACUGCAUAGAAAGACUUCAGCAUAUAUUCCUUCAGCAUCAUCAAAUUAUUCAGCAGUACAUGGUGACCCUGGAAAACUUAUUAUUCACUGCAGAGUUGGAUCAUCACAUCCUGACAGUCUUCCAGCAGUUUUGUGCGUUGCAGGCUUAAUGUUUGGCACAUGGGUGCUGCCUCCUGAUAGUCCUUACUGCUUUACGAAAAUGCAUUUUGAAGGUUGAACUUUGUUGAGGAUUAUUUUUUUUUUUUUUGUAUUUUAAGAACUCAUGCCACUCGCACUCAAAUGUGAUGUUAACGGAGGAAAGGUUGUUUUGUUUUUUGUUUGUUUUUUUAAGUGUUAAUGGUAAUCAUUUAAAAUAAUGGCUUCUAUUUGGACACUAUGAACUUAUGACCAUGUUAUUUUAAACUGUUCACAUUGCAGUGACUAUCCCCUGAAUUGUCAAUUAUCAUUGCAACUUUUCUUUCUAUAUUUUUUCAUUACUAUGUGAAUCUGAUGCAAGAAAUGUGUUUUUGUAAAUGUGGCAGAGUAGUCAUUUAUUCUAUUUUGUUGUUAUAUUCCACAUCCACAAUAGUGCAUUACAUAACAUUUUUGGAAAGUCAGUUGCUCAUAAAAGAACUUUUUUUUUUCUUUUCCCAGUGGCUUGUUUUAAAUAGUCUGAUUUUUUUAUUUUAUUUUUUUGGGUGUUUUUUUUUUUUUUAUUAAUAAUUUUAGGUGGUGUUCCAAAAUAUUCUGAUCUUGAAAAGGUAUUAGUCUUUAAUGACCUGAGAAUCUUGGCCCAUAAACAUUGGUUUUGUUCUCUGUUUUUUUCCAAAUAAUAAAAUAUAGAUUUAAAAGACUGAUCGGAGAAUGUCAUCCUAAAAUUGUCAUGAUAGUAGUUAGGAAAAAUAGAUAUACGGAUUUUGUUUAAGGCUCAAGGCAUUUAUAGGACUAGCUAUCUUCCUAUCUUUAUUACCUGAAUUAAAUAUUUUUUUUUUACUAAUGUUAUAACUAUCAGAGCCUAAAUAAGUAAGCAAUAACAUCUGUCAUCAGUUAGUGUUUGUCAACCCAUAUAUGGUGCUUGUAAUAAAUGUAGACAUUGAAAGGGACACUAAACUUCUAUGGUUUACAUAAAAUGUCAUUUUAACCUAACAAAAUAAAACCCUUUCCAAUCUACUUCUAUUAUAAAAUUUGCUUUGUUCUUUUGGUAUCCUUUAUUGAAGACUAAACCUACAUAGGUCCACAAGCGCUUAGUAGUGUGCAGUUAUCUUUAGCAUCCUAAAAUUGUAGUUAAUGAGACACAUAUUCUCGUGUUUCCUCUGAACCUACGUAGGGUUACUCAUCAACAAUUGAUACAAAGAUAACAAUGCAAAUUUGAUUGCAGAAUUCAGUUUCAUCAAGUUGUUAAAAUUUGCCUUCUUGCUGUUAAUCAUGUAAGUUUAAUUUGUCCUUUUUAAAAAGUGAUUAUUUUUUUCUGGAAUACCAGUUGAAUUGUGUUCUGGAAUUAAAACGUUAACAGUUGUAUAGAUGUGUUUAUUAAAAACAAAAAUCUCCACUGA